AUGAUCCUCCCGACGCCCUCGCUCAUCGCGCGCGCGUCGCCCUCGCGCGUCGCGUCGCUCCCUCGCUCGCGCCUCCUCUCCGCGCCGCCGCGUCCGCUCGUCCCGCUCGUCGUCCGCUGCCAAGGUUUGGGCGAGAAGGGAUUGAAAAAGGUGGCCGAGAAGAAGCGCCGCGCCGCGAAGGCGAAGGCGGGCGCGCCCAAGGCGAAGACCUCCGCGGUGAAGACGGCGAAGGCGAAGGCGGCGAACACGAAGGAGAAAGACUCGAAAGAGAAAGACUCGAAGGCGCCGACACCGCGGAAGAAGUACGCGCCGCCCGCGAUGGACGAGCAGCUCGCGAGAGAGACGGAAGAGCGCGCGCUGCACAAGGCGACGCCGUUCUUCGCGGACACCGACGCCAUGGCGCUCGCGGCGGCCGCGCUGCCGGACGCGAACCCGUACGCGAAACCCCUCGACCCCACGCCGAACCCGAACGGCAUCGCGCGGCCGCGCAUCGUCGCGACGCCGACGCCGCCGGCUCCGGAGGAGAUCUUCGUGCCGCUGUGCGCGCCGGACGGCCCGAACAGCGUCGCGAACGCGGCGCGCGCGCCGCUCGUCGCGGACGGGAAACUGCCGGAUUCCAUCGUCAGCGACGAGGAGGGCACGUGGGCGCACGACACCGUGAACCGGCGCCUGCGCGAGGACAUCCUGUCGCGCGUCGUCAGCGAUAACAAGGACGCGCUGAAGAAGUCGCGCGUCGCGACGACCGCGCUGAAGGCGCUCGAGGCGGAGCUGUCGAUCGCCGCCGACGCGCAGAUUCGCCCGGUGCGCGACGACGGCGGCGCGGACGUCGAGCGUUGGAACAAGAGUAUCCUCGCGCCCCAUCUCGGAACGACGCUGCUGUGCGCCCCGUGGCUCGUCGUGGAGUUUUACUUCUACCGGCGCGUCCUCGAGGCGUUCGGGUACUUCGGCGACGGCCCGCUCGCGCUGCACGACCCGUUUUCCGCGGAUAAGAACGCCGGGUUGGCCGCGUGCGCGGACGCGACGGCGGCGCUGGCGCCGCGACUCAACGCGUUCGCGAAAUCCGCCGCUACGAAGGACUUGGACCAGCGCGUUUCGUCGCUGAAGCUCUUCGCGCUCGUGUCGCUGUGGGGGAACCGGAUGGACCUGUCGAUCUGGCCCGAGGGCGGCGGCGGCGACGCGGGGGGGCGGUCGUCGGACGCGCUGAACGAGGCGAUGAGCGGAUUGGGGGAGGAGAAGCUUCUUCACGACGACGCGGGCGAGGCGGCGGCGUUUUUGUUGAGACGCGACGUCGCGAACGUCGGGAUCGUCGUCGACAACGCCGGGUUCGAGCUCGUGUGCGACCUCGCGCUCGCGGACGCUAUUGUGUGCGCGCGGCGGGGGACCGCGGCGACCGCGACGGGCGACGACGGCGACGGUUCGGGUCCCGGCGACGGUUCGGAUCCCCCCGCGACGUUUGAAGACGCGCGCGUGACGUUUCACGUCAAGGGCCACCCGACGUUCGUCUCGGACGCGAUGGACAAAGACGUCCGGGGCACCGUCUACGUCAUGCAGCAGUCCGAAAACGCCGAGAUCGCCGCGAUGGGGCGACGGUGGGCGACGCACCUGUCCACCGGCGCGUGGGUCAUCGCGCCGAACAACGCGUGGGCGCAGCCGCAGCCGCUGUGGGACCUCCCCUCGGACGUCUUCGACGCGUUGCGCGCGGAGGACGUCGUCGUGUUGAAGGGCGACGCCAACUACCGCCGACUCCUCGGCGACCGGCGCUGGGACUUCUCGUCGCGCUUCUCCGACGUCGCGGCGUACUUCCCCACCUCGCUGCUCGCGCUGCGGACGUUGAAAGCGGAGAUCGCGUGCGGGAUCGCGGCCGAGCAAGUGGAGCGAGCGAAGCGCGAAAACCCGCACGGGUGGCUCGUCUCCGGCGCCUACGGCGUCGCGCAGUUCCUCGAGAAACCCGCGGGGCAUCUCGAGGUGGCGUCCGUGGCGUGGCACUGGGGCGCGGAGAUGGACGCCGCGGGCGUGCGUCUCGACUGCGUGGACACCGAACGCUUGGAGCUCGCGAGGGUGCUCGCGGCGUUGGCGGGCGCGUGCGUGGAGAUUUCAAAGACGUUGCGGCGCGCGCCCCCCCCGGACCCGGACGCGUCGUCGUCCGAGGGGCAGGGCGCCGACGGGGCUGCCGCGCCGACCAACGCGACCGGGGAUAAGGUUAAAAAGCUCGACGUCCUCGCGAACGCGCUCGUUCGCGACGCGCUGCUCGCGACCGGGUGCGUGCGAUACUACGCGUCGGAGGAGGAGAAGGUGGUCGUCGAGCUCGACUCCGGCGGCGCCUUCGUCGUCGCGUGCGACCCUCUGGACGGCUCGCGCAACCUCGACGCGUCGCUCCCGACCGGCACCAUCUUCGGCGUGCACCGCGUGCUGAAGGACGCGGCGGAGAACGAGGAGCACUUGAUACACGACGACGUGGAGGCGCACGCGUUGCAGCGCGGGAGCGCGCUCGUCGCCGCGGGGUACGCGAGUUAUUCGUCGGCGACGAAUUUGGUCGUGGCGGUGGCCGGCGGCGGCCCCGCGACCGAGUUUACGCUGAGCGAGACCGACGCGCAGUUCAAGAGGGUGGGGAUCUUGAGCUGCCCGCCGCGCGGGCAGACGUACUCGCUGAACGACGCGCGGUUCGCGGACUGGCCGCAGGGUUUGCAAAAGUACGUCGCGAAAGUGCGGGAGGGGAAGGGGGAGACGAAGAAGAAGUAUUCCGGGUUGUACGUCGGGUCGUUGGUAACGGACUUCCACCGGACGUUAAAACACGGCGGGUGGUGCGGGAACCCUCGGCCGCACUUGCGUACGGUGUACGAGGCGAACCCGCUGGCGUUCAUCGCGCGCGCGUGCGGCGGCGCGGCGAGCGACGGGUCCGGGGCGACGUUGAAUAAAACCGUCUCGGGCGUGCACGACCGCGCGCCGCUGUUUAUCGGGUCGAGGGAGGACGUGGAGGAGGUGACGUCGUACGCGGCGUACGGCGUGACGCAGGCGGCGACGGAGUACGAGGUGUGAUGAGUGGUGUACAUAUGCGAGACGUGAGUUUCGAGGUGUCGUGCCGCGCGACGUAGGCCCUACGAGCUAGACUCCGCGUCCACGCGAGAGUCGCCUUCAAC